AUGAAUAGUACAUCAAGCAGUAUUAGUCGUGAUCUUCUAGCAGCACCAUAUCAAUUGAACAUAUGGAUUGGUUCAUUUUUCUGCGUGAUGGGUAAUCUUGGUUGUUUUGGAAAUUUAAUUGUAUUUAGUUCUUUUGAAUUUCGCAAGCGAGCUUAUACCAUUUAUUUUUUAAUGGAAGCAGCAUCCAAUAUUAUUUACUUUGAUUUUCUACUACUUACACGAGUACUUCAAAGAGGAUUUCAAAUUUCAAUAACUACACGUUAUAAUUUUCUAUGUAAAAUUCGGCAAUUUGAUUCAGUCUUGAAUGCUGAUGUUACCCUUACUUUUUUUUCACUUGCAACGAUUGAUCGAAUUUUAUCUCUACAACGUUCAAAUGGUAAUGUUACAAAUGGAAAAUGUAUUCCUCUACCUGGUUUUUAUACAUAUUUUGAUAGUUACACUGAAGUAAUAUUUACAGCUAUGUUUAUACCAUUAGUGGUGAUUGUACUUGCUGUUUUAUUAUUACGAAGUAUUCGAGGUAUUACUCAAAGGCAAGUCGCUCCUACGAAUACUUUAUCACGAACAGAAACUGUGAAAGGAUCAGAUCUUCAGCGAAUGGAUUCUCGAUUAACAUUUAUGAUCCUUUUACAACUAAUUAUUGCAAUAACAACCCGCGUACCAUAUGCAGUCCAAGUUAUUUAUACAAAUAUUACUCAAAGCUGGCCAAACUUUUAUGUAUCAUUAAUUACGAAUCGUGGCUUUCGUCGCAGAUUUAUAAAUUUCUUUCGCAAACUAUUGACUGCUUUAUAUAGAAGAGAAAUUAAUUAA